CAAGCCUGGAGGAGCCCUGGGCCUGCCCCCACGCAGCGCGCCGCGCCUCCGAUGAGGCAGGGCGGCGCGAGGCACGACGCGCAGGAGGCGCCGCGCGGGGCAGAGCCGCUGCUGGCGGCCGGCGCGGCCUCCCGGGGGGCCCUGCCGCCGGGCGGCGUGCUGGCCCCUGCUUCACCGCAGGGCCCUGCGGAGGGCUGGCCGUCGCCGCAGAGGAGGCCGUCGACUGGCCCGCUGCGGAAGGGCCAGGUCCUCGUGCCGUCGAGGACGCUCGACAACGACGCCCAGCGCGUGGCGAACAGCGGCCGGCCGAUCUCUCCUGCGGGCAGCAGCCAGAGGGCCUACGCCAAGGCGGCCCAGCAGUUCGGGCUGCAGGUCGACAGCGUCGGGUUCCCGAAGCCUGCGGUGAAGGCCACGCCGUUCCCAGAGAUGGGCGCUCGUCCUGGGCUUGCCUCCCGCCCCGGCACCGCGCCCGGCGUCACCGACGACCGCACGGGCGGCCCCCGAUAUGGCAUCGGCGCGAGGCACAACUCCAAGGUCUCCCUCGUCCUGCCGCCGUCGCCGCACCGCGGGCCCGCACGGUCCAGCAGCAGCACCAGCAGCUCCCCGCAGCUGAGGCGGACCCUCAGCAGGACGGGCGGCGGCUUCCUGGACCCGAACGCCCCCGUGCACACGCCGACGGGGCCGUCCCCGCUGUGGUCCGAGCUGCACCCCGACGCCAACGCCGCCUGCCACCCCACCUCGCUCAUCGACCCCGCGAAGCGCGCGCAGAGGCUGCUGGGCACCCUGUCCUCCCUGCGGCGCCAGGCCAAGAUGCGGUCCUCCUCCUCCUCCUCCACGCUGCCCGGGUCCCCCCCGGCGCUGCAGGAGGCGGGGGAGGCUGGCCAGGGCGCCUCCGAGGAGGCGGAGGCGCCGCGGGCCUCGGCGGUGGCGGAGGAGACCCCCGAGGAGACGCUGAUGCACUCGACCCUGCGGGACCUCUGCGACACCUGCGGCGACCUGCAGGAGCUGCUGGCCUCGCUGCAGGCGGCGCAGGACCCCGUGGAGGAGCUCGGCGCGACCAGGCACCCCACGGCGCUCAUCUCUGGCCGCACCAUCGCGGUGGUGAGGCGGAAGGCCGCGCUGCUGAAGGCGGCCGAAGCCCGGGCCGCCCAGGUGCAGGCCGCCCUGAGGUCGGCCGAGGCCAUGCGGCAGCUGCUGCUGCGCGCCGACCAGCCGGCCGAUGCGGUGCUGGCAGAGGCGCCGGAGGAGCUCCGCUGGUCUUUCGAGGCGCUGCAGAACAUCAAAGGCUUCAUCGCCGAUCACACUCACAAGGACGGGGACCCAGCUGAGGCCAACAAGAGCCAGUUCGAAGCCUUCGCCGCGUCCUUCGGGCUCCCAGCGAAGCACGAGAUCCUGCUGAGGUUGCGCUCUCUGGCCAAGGAGGCCGUCGACUGGUGGGCCCCAGCGACCCUCGAGUGCGCCAUGCGAGAGGAACCCGAGGAAGACAUCGACGCAAUCAAACGGAUGAUCAAGCUGGCCGUGGGCGUCAUGAACGAGAAAGGACACGACGACCUGUUCAAGGCCGAGCAGGUCAUCGCCGAACGAGCCUGCAAGCGGUGCGUGGACCGGUGCCUGGAGCUGUUCGAGCAGGAGGAAGAGCGGGCAGGGAGGAGCAACGGGGUGAUGCCAGAGAUGGCGAAGCGGUGCGCAGAGGCCAUCGAGGCGGAGAUCAAGGAUGCUGUCCAGACUUUCGGCGCCGACGCUACCGACCUGAACAUGCAAGAGGCGAAGCGCCUGGCGCGGCUGAUGCUCCAGGAGGAGCUGGAGCGCCACGCCCAGAAGGCGCUGAGGCAUGCGCGGGCGUGCCGGGAGAAGGACGCCGCCGCGGCAGAGGCGGCCAGGACGGCGGAGGGGCAAGAGGCGGUGCCCGAGGUGGGGCUCGCGAGCGCGCUCGCGGACACGGUGGACGCAGAGGUGGAGCGGGCCAGGAAGCUCCGGGUUCCAGAGCACCACGCGGCCCUCAUCGAGUGCGCCAGCAUCGCGAAGGACCUGCGCGAUCAGGACGGUAUGCGCAAGCGCGCCCGGGCCAGGCUGGAGCGGCUCGCCAAGCAGGCCGCGGCCCGCGCGGCGGAGGCCUCGGCCGGCCCCGGAGGCGGGGGCUGAAGGCGGCCCGCGGGCCUCCUUCGGCAGCCGGGCCGCCGCCUUUCGGCCGCGGCGGCGGGCUGCGGGGGGAGGGAGGGUCGCGCUCUGGCCGAGGGUCGAUUGGGACGGUGGCCCCUGGAGGUGCGUCGCGGGCACCUCAAACGAGGGCCUUCGCGUGCCGCUUCCCGGCCAGGCUGGAGUCCUCAGCCCGGGGCGCCGCUGC